AUGACAUCAGGGGCCGUCGUCACUACCACUGAGGCCCCUGCUCGCUCUGGCAAGCCAACUGACACCCCAGUGCGCUCUCGUUCCUUGGGAGGAUGCGAGACCUGUCGUCGGCGCCAUGCUAAGUGUGAUGAGACUCGGCCAUCAUGUCUCGUGUGUAAGCGUGCGGGGCUCGUCUGUGAGAGGUACGAGAUCCGGCUGUUGUUCGAUGCGAGCGACAGUCAGAGCUCACGAUGUCGCCGUCCUCUGUUCACCGAGGAUAUGCGUCAGCGCAUGAGUGAGCAGUUGACCGACAGCUUGGACUUGGAUGAUGUCCAUACCAUCCUGACCAAGAUUGAUGAUCAAUGCGAGGGCCAGGAGGGAGAUACUAAUUCCAGUUUUACUACCCGCAUGGGUCCCUUUGGUGCCUUUCGGGUGGUUCGAGCUGAGAUGGACCUUCCCGAAUCCCCAAUGGACCCAGUCGACGAGCCCCUUCCUCAGGUGGAAGACAACCCAGUAAAUGCUGGGCUGGAAAUGUCUUUGGAUGAUGCAUUUAGCAAUGAUCCCCUCAUGGAGUGUCUGUUUGGCCAUGUGAACGUAGAUGUUACUGCCGACUUGGAUGCUCAUGACUUCUUCGCCGCAACCCUACCUUCAGCCGAAAGUGAAGGAAUUUCCCCACAAUCCUUGUCAGGGGGCUUCCUUAUGGGACCAUCGCCAUCAGUUCCUCUGCAAGCAUCGUUAUUAUCGUCGCCGGAGAUCCAAUAUGCUCCGUCCGUGACCAACCUGGCCCCGCCAGAUGCCCCCUUAUUGCUAUCUGCAUACACGAAGAAUGUAACUCAGCUGUUCAGCCCAAUACAGCUGGAAAAGAGCCCCUGGAGUAUGCUCCAUAUGCCUCCCGCCAUGGAGACCUUAACUUUGUUGACUAUGGGAGAGCUGGCCAACAACACCAGGAUGUCUAUCUUCUAUGCAAUCCUGGCCACUUCGGCCUUCACCCAGCGUCUAUCCUCGUUGACGCGCAGCGCAAGUCAAUAUUGGCAGAGACAGGCAGAGACCUUUGCCAUCGAAGCCCAGAAUUAUCUCAAACGAGCGCUACAUGAUGCAUCAUCGAGCGCCAAAAAAGUCAAGUACAAAGACGUCCUUAUCGCCUUGCUGUGCAUGAACACGGUUUCGGAGAGCACCUCCGUCCUCCCGGUGUCCCACGUAGAGAUAGAAUCCGACCAUGCAUCCCCCGAUACUGUGCGCUCCAUCGCCACGACUCGCUCGUUCCGGCUUCGGCAAUGGGAAGGUCGUUUGGACCAGCGGAUGAGUGAAUUGAAGGAGCAGCACCAGGGGGAGAAUGAUUUGCACUUGGAAAUUCCGGGCCGGUGGGACUCGACCAUGUACCCGCAGGUCUUUGGUCUGCCAGAAUCUCUACUAUUCCUACUAUCACAGGUAACGAGACUGGGCAAUGAGCGAGACCUAUCGGACUUGGGGAGCUAUACGGGCGCGCUGGAUUUUAGGCAGUUCUCCGCGCGGGCGCGGAGUCUGGAGCGAUGCAUUUCUACUUGGCGACCACCUUCUUUACCAGAUGCAGAUCCACAAAGCAUCAUCGCUCAGACAAACGCUACCGUUGUCCGCCUGAUGCUCUCAGUCCUCCACAAAGCUCUUCUUAUCUUCUUUUACCGUCGGAUCUACGACGUGGACCCGAUGAUCCUUCAAGACAAAGCGUGGCAAGUCCGGGACGCCUUGGCUCAGGUAGAAAGAGACGAUAUGCCGGCGACUCGUAUAGCUGCACCAUUUAUUUGGGCGGCGUUUAUUGCCGCCUGUGAGGCUUUGGAUCCUAGUUUGCAAGACUGGUUUGCAGGCUGGUUCGAGACGUCAGCCAGAAAGAGCGGGCUUGGGACCUUUAAGCUGGCGCUGAAAAUAGCAAGGCAGGUCUGGGAGAGACAACGGCAGCCCCUGAAUAGCAGCGCCAGCACCAGUUGGCCGCAGAUUAUGCGGGAAAGCAACCUGAGUUUGUUCUACAUAUAA